AUGGAAAGUACCCCGGGAUCACCAGACAGUGACAGCUACCAAUACCAACAUAUUCAAGACUCGGCCGAAAUAAGAUGCCUCACGCUCUCCGCAGGAAAUACUAAUGAUCCUUUGGUCUGUGUCUUGGAACAUCACAACCUGAACACAAAUCCUCCUUUCGAAGCGAUCUCCUACGUCUGGGGUAAUCACACCAAAAACCGGGAGAUCACUUGUAACGGUCGUUGCCUCCAAAUCACCUCGAAUCUCUAUGAAUCACUUCAACAAAUACGGCACGCAGACCGCGAGAGGAUCUUAUGGGCGGACUCAGUAUGCAUCAACCAAGAAGACAAAAAGGAGAAAGGCCACCAGGUCAGCCUGAUGGCACGCAUAUAUAGCCAGGCGGACAGAGUCCUGAUUACUCUGGGUACCGAUGACAUCAGCUCGGCCCACUCUCGGCGUGCAGCAACAUUGUUGGGAGAAGUCAAUGAUAUGGUCCAAACAACCAUUAAGGGGAUAUGUCAAGAUUGGAACUCCUAUCCUUUCGAUCAAGCAGAUCCUUCACUUAUGGCGGACUCUAGGUGGAAAUCUGUUGAGCAACUCGCUAGGCAUCCAUGGUUCCGACGAGGUUGGGUGGUCCAAGAAGCAGGCCUUGCAAGGGAUGCUUGGGUGUAUUGGGGAAUGGACUUUUUCAGCUGGGCCGAGGUCAUGCGAACAUACCUCUGGCUCUUUCAUCGGGGAAAUAGCGUCUGGUUCCGGUACCGCAUUCCUAUACCAACGAUACAUCUCCAUCUACGUGAAGUGCAGUAUCCAGCUGAAGCUAUGGUUUGGACCGGACCUCAAUCUUUAAUGGAUGACACAUUAAUGAUUUUGGACCUCGCUCGAGGACUUCGAUUGUCUGACAGGAGAGAUCAGCUGUAUGCGUUCCUCGGCAUGCCGGGGCUCGCGGAACUACGAAAGCAUCUCGUGAUCAGCUAUGAGAAGCCUUGGCAGGAAGUAUAUUAUGACUUUGCACAUUGGCAUAUAACAGCGACUAAAUCACUGCUGAGCCUGCAUUUUGUUACCCACGAUCAAGCGACCUUGACCUCGGAUACUCCGUCAUGGGUGCCCCAAUGGCAUCUCCGCAAGUAUCUUACGGACAUGGAAACAGGAUACGAAGAAUGCAUCGGUUCGAUCACCUCGCCGCCUUCGAAUCCUUAUAUAACCGAGGCUAGAUUACUUCGAGUUCGUGGGAUUCUAAUUGACACCAUCGAGUUCACCUCGGCAGUGUUUAGCCGAUACGCGUCCAUCCACGAGAUCAGAGCAAUUUGGAACUCAUGGAGGGAUCGCGGCCAGUAUUCUGCGUACAAAUACUUUCCACCAGCGUUGGCCUUCGUUGAGGCUUUGACCAUGCGCGGGAGCACUACUGAUCCAGUUGCGGAUACUGCACGACUCGACUUUGGGGCCUUUCUACUGCUCCUGUUCGGCAAAAGAUUUGUGGAAGUGUUGCCAGAACUUCGUACUUACCGAGACCGUCUAGGGAGCGGCGAUGCUCAGAAAGUGAGUGAUUUGUUGUCGUCCUGUCUUCUCAAUCCGCUCACGCGACUGCGAAAGACAAUCCAAUACCUUACACCGUUGGAUGCGGGAUCCAUUGCCAUGAGGAUUGGUUGGAAUGGGGCCUGA